CACGGUCCAGUCUGCCCGUUCCUAGUGCAGAGACUGCGGUGUAGACCGCUUGUACUGGUGUCGCCUGAUUUUCCACCCUUCUUUAUCUCGACAAAGCAACCCUCCCUUCAGGACUCGCGAUUCCGUUGACUGCGUGGUCUUGCCCCCUGACGUCAGUUGUUUUUCACCUGCGCAUCCCGUCCGCCGCACGAAAGCUCCGCGUCCCCAUAUGCAUAGACAAGCCGGACACCAACUACCACAACCCAGCGCCGAAUAGCUGCCUCUGGAGAGCCAUGUCUCUCACGGAAUCCGCAGCAGCAGCUAUGCUGACUGUUGCAUCCGUGAUAGAGAGCCCCAUUGACGUUCAUGAGCCAAGAUGGGAAGACCAAACGAGGGGCCGCGAUCUGUACACACAACUGGUGAUCAGUUUGACAAUCGGGCUGAGUGCAUUCUUCUCAUUCUGUGUUUUGCGACCGAAGUGGACAGAACUGUAUGCCGCCCGGAGACGACAACGCUGCGCAGCUUCACAAUUGCCAGAACUCCCCGAUAGCUUCUUCGGAUGGAUACCUGUGCUAUACCGAAUCACUGAUGAACAAGUUCUGGAAUCUGCGGGUCUGGAUGCCUUCGUCUUCCUGACAUUUCUGAGAUUUGCGAUUCGGUUCCUCUCCACAAUCUUCUUCUUCGCCUUGGUUAUAAUCCUGCCGAUGCACUACAAGAACACCGGUAAAUCCGGGGUCCCCGGUUGGGAUGACGAUGAUGAGACUCUCGACGGGGAAAAAGACAAGAAAAAGUUUAUACCGGAUCCAAAUUACUUAUGGAUGUAUGUCAUUUUUACAUACAUUUUUACCGGACUAGCCGUCUACAUGCUUAUUCAAGACACGAAUAAGGUGAUUCGCACAAGACAGAAAUAUCUUGGAAGCCAGACGAGCACCACUGACCGAACUAUUCGUUUGUCUGGCAUUCCUCCAGAUAUGGGUUCGGAGGAGAAUAUCAAGGAGUUCAUGGAAGGUCUCCAAAUUGGAAAGGUAGAGAGCGUGACGCUUUGUCGUGACUGGCGUGAACUGGACCAUCUGAUCGACGAACGACUACAACUUCUACGAAACCUAGAAUGGGCUUGGACCAAGCAUCUAGGAUACAAACGAGUCAAGGCAAGUGGAAACAGGCUGCCAUUGCUACACCAGCAGCCACGUGGCUCCAGCAUUGUUUCAGACGAGGAUAGCGAGCGAAUCCAGCUUCUUUCCGAGAGUGGACGGGACCACGUCGCGGACUAUGCUCACGAGCGGCCUACAGUUCGCCUGUGGUAUGGACGUUUCAAGCUACGAUACAGGACUGUCGAUGCGAUAGACUAUUAUGAGGAGAAGCUGCGCCGGCUGGACGAGCAAAUUCAAGUUGCUCGUCAAAAGGAGUACCCCCCUACUGAGGUUGCUUUUGUCACAAUGGAGUCAAUCGCUGCAUCGCAAAUGGUCGUGCAGGCCAUUCUCGAUCCUCAUCCCAUGCAACUACUUGCGAGACUGGCUCCAGCCCCAGCGGAUGUUGUGUGGAAAAAUACAUACAUUCCACGCUCGAGACGGAUGAUGCAAUCUUGGUCCAUCACCGGGGUCAUUGGCUUCUUGACUGUAUUCUGGUCGGUGCUUUUGAUUCCCGUGGCGUAUCUGCUUGAAAUUGAAACGCUCCACAAAGUGUUUCCUCAACUGGCUGACGCACUGGCUCGGAACCCGCUGGCAAAAUCACUUGUUCAGACCGGUUUGCCGACCUUGGUCCUCUCGCUGUUGACGGUUGCAGUCCCAUAUCUUUAUAACUGGCUCUCCAAUCAGCAAGGAAUGAUGUCUCGGGGCGAUAUUGAGUUAUCGGUCAUUUCGAAGACUUUCUUUUUCUCCUUUUUCAACCUCUUCCUUGUGUUCACUGUGUUUGGAACCGCGACCACAUUCUACGGGUUCUGGGAGAACCUCCGGGAUGCGUUCAAAGACGCGACAACCAUUGCGUUUGCAUUGGCUAAAACAUUGGAGAACUUCGCGCCGUUCUAUAUCAACUUCCUGUGUCUUCAAGGAAUUGGGCUGUUCCCGUUCCGACUACUGGAGUUUGGGAGUGUAGCAAUGUACCCUAUCAACUUCAUCGCUGCCAAAACGCCGCGAGACUAUGCCGAGCUGUCCACGCCUCCUACUUUCAGCUACGGAUAUUCGAUCCCGCAGACAGUCCUCAGUCUCAUCAUCUGCGUCGUGUAUAGUGUUUUCCCUAGCUCGUGGCUGAUAUGCCUCUUUGGACUGGUGUACUUCACUAUCGGCAAGUUCAUCUACAAGUAUCAGCUUUUGUAUGCUAUGGAUCAUCAGCAGCACUCCACAGGACGAGCAUGGCCGAUGAUUUGCAGCCGGAUCCUCGUGGGCUUGAUGGUCUUUCAACUGGCAAUGAUCGGUGUUUUGGCGUUGCGCCGGGCGAUUACACGCUCCUUGCUUCUCGUGCCUCUUCUGAUGGCAACGGUGUGGUUCAGCUACUUUUUCGCACGGAGCUACGAGCCGUUGAUGAAGUUCAUUGCGUUAAAAAGCAUUGAUCGCGAGAGGCCUGGGGGAGGAGAUAUCUCGCCUUCGCCAUCGUCAACCUUUUCUCCCCCAUCCGGCCUCGAGCGCGACUCUUUUCCGAUUCGAAUCGGUGGGCAAGAACUGGGCCUGAGACUGAAGAAAUAUGUCAAUCCAAGCUUGAUCUUGCCUCUCCACGACGCCUGGCUUCCCGGGCGCAGCAUGAUCCCAGACAUCCAAAGAGAUCUCGGAGACCAUGAGCACCGAAAUAACGGGGUUAUCGAACCCGUCUGAAGACGGCCGCCGCCCCCUGACACCAUGAGGGUCCAUUCCAUCUCCGCCACCCAGUCAAUCGUUUUCACUCACUGCACAUAGAUCUAUAACCCUUUUAUAAUAAUCACUGCUGUCAUGUGUUCCUUUUCCCCGUCAUGAUCUACGAUGCUAUGCCUUUGAUGUCAUAGAGAUGGCCACGUUCACGUUGGGCUCUCACUGUCUUGUAGGAGCCAAUGUUAUGAGUUACAUUUCCAGGCGGACUGCUAUAUGUGUAUGUUGCCGAGGCCCGACUCGGAUGCUUUUCGUUCUCGUUCUCUCGUUUACUGAUACCAGACCUUCCAUACCGAGGUCUUCAUUUUCGUCAUCGAUGAGCAUAAUCUGCAUGUACAAACACAUCAUUGUGUAGUAAUUACAAGAAGAGAAAUGCAACCUCCCCUUUC